GACUAGUAGAGUCCUUUCACUACCCCACAUCUUUCUACUGUUCACAUCUCAUAUAGCUCAGCAAGAUUCCCAAGUUCUGACCAUUCCUCUUUUAUACCUACCACAGAAAGCCUACCACAGGCUUAUAUAGGUAUUCCCAGAUUUUCCUUUGCAGAACGAAGGGUUAGUCUGAAGUACCGGUUACACACCCCAAACUCUUCUGAUACACAGGUCUUUGGUUAGGCCAACAUGGCUGCUUGUUUCCAUGUUAAUUCAGAUGAGCUGAAACCCCCGUCCCCAUCACAAGUGGUAUAUAGAGAAGAUUGCACGCAAUGUUUUGAUUCAGUAGAUGAUGAUUGUGGGAUCAAUGUGUGCCUGUCGUGCUUCAAUGGUGGCUGUGCUCAUAAUAGAGACCACGCUCUUAUGCAUUUUAAACGGUUCGGCCAUCCCCUGGCCCUCAACAUCAAGCGGUCGCGCAAAAAGAUUCAAAGGGACGAGCCCCCUCAAAAAGUUUCGAAACUUGCAAUCGCUGCUGAAACAGACGAUGACCGCUAUGAUAUGAACACUCGUGUUCUUUGUUAUCACUGCUGCCAAGAUGACAUCGAUCAGGCAACUGGCAAGCUACCACCAGUCAUUGACGGCGUCAUGUCGGCUACACCCUUUUCCAGAAGAGAAGAAGUCAAAGCCUGGGAGCAAGAGUUCACUCCCUGCGAACAUACCCUUUGCAUUGAGCAACGCAGCUCGAGGCAACUCGAAUCGCAAGAACUUGCGUCAUGUUCGAUGUGCAAUCUCAAAGAGAAUCUCUGGUUAUGUCUAGAAUGUGGCAACCUUGGCUGUGGCCGAAGUCAAUUUGGCGGCGUGGGCGGCAACUCUCAUGGCCUCGCGCAUUUCGAAUCGACCUCCCAUGCUGUUGCCGUGAAACUAGGUUCAAUAACUGCCGAGGGUUCCGCCGAUGUCUUUUGCUAUAAGUGUAACGAGGAAAGAAUUGAUCCUGAUCUUGCCGGACACCUCGGGAACUGGGGGAUCAAUUUAGCAGACAGAGAGAAAACCGAGAAGAGCUUGAUGGAAAUGCAGGUCGAGCACAAUCUGAGAUGGGAGUUUUCCAUGACUACAGAGGACGGCCACGAGCUUAGACCGGUAUUUGGUCCUGGCCUUACGGGCCUUAAAAAUUUAGGCAACAGCUGCUACUUAUCAAGUGUGAUACAAUGCCUUUUCAGUUUGCCAGAGUUUUCAGACCGAUACUACCACGAAGAUGAAGAGCCCCCAUCGUCAACAAAGCCUGCUGAAGAUCUGGAGACACAAAUGCGCAAAUUGGCCGAUGGAAUCCUCUCUGGUCGUUACUCUAGACCUGCGACCGAUGUGAGCGCCUCGCCUGACACCGUUGAAGUUCCGCACCAGAAAGGUCUCGCCCCAGCCAUGUUCAAGCAUCUGGUCGGUCGUGGUCAUGAAGAGUUCUCCACAAUGAGACAACAGGAUGCUUUUGAAUUCCUCCUCCACAUCUUCAAGCUUGUCAGUUUAUCCAAACAUCCAGAAAGAUCAUGCAACCCAAUAGAGUCGUUUGCUUUCUCUGUGGAGCAACGUCUCCAAUGCCUGCACUGCAAAAGAGUUCGAUACAAAGUGGAUCAACAAGAUAAUAUAUCUCUUUCCGUUCCUGCUCGCCAUUCAGACUCUUCAUAUGGCGGAGAUACCAACGCCAGGUACCAAAGUGUGACUAUAUCGGAAUGUCUCGAUGCCUUUACCAGUGAAGAGAAAGUGGAAUUACGCUGUCCUUCCUGCAACAGCGAGGGUGGCUUCUCCAAGCGCUCCUCAUUCAGGACAUUACCGCAGGAGCUGGUCAUCAACGCCCGGCGUUUCGAAUUAGUUAAUUGGGUACCAACAAAGCUCGACAUUCCUGUCGAAGUGGAUGACGGACCAAUAGACUUCACUAAGUAUCUCGCGUCCGGUCCCAAUGAAGAUGAAGAGCUACUCCCGGAUAUUGAGUCGUCUCCUCAAACGUUCAUGCCCAAUGAGGUCGCUCUUAGCCAGUUGCUUGGCAUGGGAUUUCCUCAAAACAGGAGUGAGAAGUCGCUGUAUAUGACAGGCAACUCAGACGCCGAAGCUGCGAUGAAUUGGUUAUUUACACAUACGGACGAUCCCAAUAUUGAUGAGCCUCUCUUUCAAGGAGGUCCUGUGGAGACAUUGACUGAAGCUCAGCACGACUCAGCUCAAAUAAUGCAGUUGUCUGAGAUGGGUAUCGACGUUGAUCGGGCUCGGAUCGCAUUGGCUGCGGUUGGGAAUGAUGUCAACCGAGCAAUUGACUGGGUUUUCAGCCAUCCAGAACCCUCGACAGACAUUGGAAAUGUGGCUAAGGUGAAUAGCAGUUCAAGUAACCGUACAGUAGGUUUCGAUGCUAUCCCAGCCUGCUACCGCCUUCAAUCGAUUGUGUGCCAUAAAGGCUCCUCUGUACAUGCUGGUCACUAUGUCGCAGUCGUACGCAAAACCUUACCGGGCGAGAAAGACCCCUCCUGGAUCAUGUACAAUGAUGAAAAGGUGGUCCAGGUGGAUGAUGUACGAGAGCUGAAGAGAUCUGCCUACCUUUACUUCUUCUCGCGGGUUUAGAUUCGCGCAAUGCACCUGGAUUUUGCUGUCAGAUAUUUAUCCUUCCUAGAUGCAAAUAGGCUUUCGUUCGCUGGUUGUAGAGCUAUGCAACAACCGGGUCUUAGUCGAAUGGCGAAGUGUGCGUUCGUACCAAGCUACAAUCAUGACGCACAAGAGGUAAUGGGUACUCUGAUACAUGAUGCGUUUUGAUGACCGGAACUAUACCAUGAGUCUCGCAUUUCAAUGUGGUUCAAGAGCAGCUUAUAUUUGUAAAAAGCGAACAGAGGAUUACUAAUAACGUAAUCAAACAGCG